AUGUCUGGCUACCCACCGCCUCCCCAGCAGGCCUACGGCGCGCCGCCUCCAGGCUACCCCCCCAUGCAGCAGGGCUACGCCCCGCCGGAUCCCAACAUGCAGUACGGCUACCCACCACCGCAGGGCUACCAGCAGGGCUACCCGCCACCGCAGCAGCCGCAGACGGUCAUUGUGCAGGAGAAGGAGGACGAUGGAGCAGCAGCGACGCAUGAGAAGCCGCUGUGA